UAUUUUAAACGAAGCAACAAACUCUCAACAAACACAUUAGGUCAAUUUGAUUCUUCCGCAAAAAUUUUCUGCAAACCGCCAGAAAGUAGUUUUGAAUUUUACUGCAAUUUUUGGUGGGAAAAGCGUCAUGAAUGGCGAGGAGUGUGAAGAAAUGGAAAGAGUGAAUGAGAAAUUGGUUUACAUGUGGGGCUAUUUACCGGGAGCUUUGCCGCAAAGGACGCCGUUGUUGACACCGGUUCUCGUUAGGGCUCCGGCGGGUGGUUGUAACUGGAAAGAUGUUGCUGGUGGUGGAUGUGGUUUCGCCAUGGCUAUAUCUGAACAAGGAAAGCUUAUAACAUGGGGAUCGACGGAUGAUCUUGGUCAAAGUUAUGUAACUUCUGGAAAGCAUGGGGAAAUUCCAGAGCCUUUCCCUCUUCCGAAUGAAGUUUCUAUUGUAAAAGCUGCUUCUGCGUGGGCACAUUGUGUUGCUGUAACAGAUUGUGGAGAAGUUUACACAUGGGGAUGGAAGGAAUGUAUUCCUUCUGGGAAGGUAUUAGGGGAAACUUUGCCAGGGGUAAGUUCUGAAAAAGUUGCACAAGGAAAGCAGAGUUCAUUCUUGACAGACCAAGUGGGAUCUCGUUCAGAAGGCUUGAAGUCCGUUGGAGGAACUGCUUCCAGUGGAGAAGAAAGUACUAAGAGAAGGAAGGUAUCUUCAGCAAAGCAAACAGCUGAAAUCUCAUCAUCUGGUGAUGAUAUUCUAACAGCAAUGCCAUGUCUUGUCACACUAAAUCCUGGGAUAAGGAUAACAAGCGUUGCUGCCGGUGGGCGUCAUACCCUAGUAUUGUCAGAUAUAGGACAGGUGUGGGGCUGGGGCUACGGAGGUGAAGGGCAGCUUGGUUUAGGUUCCAGAAUACGUAUGGUGUCCUCUCCACAUCUUAUUCCAUGUAUUGAUUCCUCUUCGUAUGGCAACGAUAUAUCAACAUCAGUGGCUCAAGGAAGCACGAGUUCAGAGGGACAGAAUUUUAGGAUUCCUGGAAGUUAUAUAAAGGGUAUUGCCUGUGGAGGUCGACAUAGUGCAGUAAUCACAGACGCUGGAGCUGUGCUUGCGUUUGGUUGGGGACUAUAUGGACAGUGUGGGCAAGGAAGUACCGAUGAUGAACUAAGUCCGACCUGCGUGACUUCCUUGUUGGGUAUUCGAAUAGAAGUAGUGGCUGCUGGCCUGUGGCAUACUGUCUGUACAUCUGCUGAUGGUGAUGUAUAUGCAUUUGGUGGCAACCAGUUUGGGCAGCUGGGAACUGGUUCUGAUCAAGCCGAGACUCUACCAAGACUACUGGAUUGUCCGAGCUUGGAAAAUGUCAACGUAAAGACCGUAUCUUGCGGGGCUCGUCAUACUGCUCUAGUAACAGUUCUAAAUGGCUUCCAUCAAAAGAGACUUUUUUCCCCCUCAAGUUCAGUUAAAUGUGGAGAUAAUGGAAAAGUCUUCAGUUGGGGAUGGAACAAGUAUGGACAGCUGGGCCUUGGGGACGUGAUUGACCGCAACAUUCCUUCUGAAGUAACCAUAGAAGGCUGCGUAGCCAAAAACGUUGCAUGUGGUUGGUGGCACACUCUUCUUUUGGCCGAGUCUCCCACUUGAUGCCAUGGCUUUCUCGAGACUUUGUACCCAAUUUUGUUAGCUAGCUGUUCUUUUUAUUAUUGGUACAAAGGAGAAAUCAGCAAGUUAUAUGUAUAUGUACAUACAGUAGUGGGGAAUGUAUAUGCUUGUAUUCUUUGUGGUGCGAAUUACCAUGACUGGUUCUAGCUAUUGACAACAUAGAUAGUAAUUUAUGGUUUGUGGAAAGGAGAUUUUGAAUCCUUUCCAUCUAUGUAACAUUAUAUUUUAUAGUGCAUAUGUAAGUUUAUAGUUACUUA